CACGCUCGCCUUCUCCAAAACACCCCCCUGAGAAACGCGAAAUUGUCUUUUGGGUGCGCGAGGCCGCCGCGCGCUCGAAUCACAGAGGCAGAGGCUAUCUAUCCAUCCCAUCCAUCUCUCCGAGAUAAAAAUCGAACAAAGAAGCGUGCGCGAGCGAGAGAGAAGAAAAAGGGGGGAAGCAGCCGCCGACGACGAGAGCACAUGGCGGACGGAUCGGACGGCCCCGACGUGUCUCCGGCGGCGGCGGCGGCGGCGGGAGGAGGAGGUGGAGGUGAGAUCUGGGGGACGUUGGAGGAGCUGCUCUUGGCCUGCGCCGUGAGCAGGCACGGCACGGGGAGCUGGGACUCCGUCGCCAUGGAGGUGCAGACGCGGAGCCCCCUCGCCGCGCGCCCGGGCCUCACGCCCACCAGCUGCCGCCUCCGGUUCCGCCACCUCCACCGCCGCUUCUCCGUCGGCGGGGCGGCGGAGGAGGACGACGACGACGAGGAGGCGGAGGAGGGUGGCCCCGACGCCUCCGCCGCGGACGGGUGGAUGGACGAGCUCCGCCGCCUCCGCGUCGCCGAGCUCCGCCGCGAGGUCGAGCGAUGCGAUCUCUCCAUCGGAACGCUACAGACGAAAGUGAAGCGGCUGAGAGAGGAGAGAGAACAAAGCAUCCACGGCGGCGGCGGCGGCGAGGGGAAGCCGGAGACGGCGAACGGCGACGAGCGGCUGUCGAGCGAGGAGCCCGGCCGGUCGUGCAGGGAGUCCAAUUCCACAGAUCUGAAACCCGCGGCGCGCGCCGGUGACCAUAGCGUCAAGGCGGAGGAGGAAGACGAGGACGCGGCGGCGGCGAAGCAGCAGGCCUCCGGCGAGUCGGUGGCCGCGUCGAAGGAGAGCAGCGACCUGCGGAGCUCGGCCAGCCUGCGCCGCCGCCGCCGCUACAAGCCCGGCGCCGACGAGGACGCCGACGGCGAGGAGGCCUCCGCGCUGCGGCCGCCCUCGCAGUCGCCGUCGUCGUCGUCGUCGUCGCAGCCGCUCGCCGCGCUGCUCGACACGUUCGCCGCCAGGUUCGGUCCCCUGCUCGAGCGGCUGCACGAAAGCCAGGAGAGCGACGCGUACCGUGGCGCGAUCAGGCGCCACGUGGACAUCGAGAUGGUGCGGCGGAGGCUGGACGCGUCGCCGGCCGGUGGCGGCGGCGGCGGCGCCGCCGCCGCCGAGUUCUACCGCGACCUCCUGCUGCUCUGCGCCAACGCGCUCGUCUUCUUCCCGCGCGCCGGGCCGGAGCGCGGCGCCGCCGCGGAGGCCCGCGCGCUUGUGUCCGCGUCGCUCCGCCUCCGCGAGCCGAAGCAGGAGCCUGGCACCGCCGCCGCCGCCGCGGUGGCGGCGGCGGCCGGGUCCCCUCCGGCUGAGGAUACGCGGAGAGCUGAGGGCGUCGUCUCCGUCGGCGGCGGCGGCGGCGGCGCUGGCAUCGUCGGGUCGCUGAUCGAGAAGGGAGGGAAGCCGCUCAUCGUUUGCCGGAAGCGGAGCUCCAUCGCGAAGGCCGCGGCGGCGGCGAAGAAGGAGGAGAGCGCGGAGAAGGGUGAGGCCGCCGAGGAAGGGGAGGGGAGCGACGACGGCGAGAAGAAGGUCUCCGUGUCGGCGUCAGCGAGCAAGGACAAGGCGUGGGGGUUGAGGACGAAGAAAGGCCGCGGCCCCGGCAAGAACUCGGCCAGCGUCGGUGGCCGGAAAAUGGCCAAGCUCUCGGAAGCGACGGAGGCAGCGACCGACGGAAGCAAGAAGCCCGACAAGAAGAUCGCCGCCGACGCAGCCACGCCCGCCAAGAAGCGGAACGCCGUGGACUUCCUCAAACGGCUAAACCAGGGCUCGUCGCCGUCGAAGAAGAAGAAGAAAGGCUCACCAAUGGGGACACGGAAGCGUGCUGCGGCGGCGACGUCGCCGGAGCAGCCGCAGAAGACGCGUAAGGGGCCCGGCAGGAAGGAUGCCGGCCGCGGCGGCUCCAAGAAGGGCGGCAAGAGCGCCACGCCGAAGAGAAGCGUGGGGCGGCCACCGUCGAAGCGAGGUGCCGCCGCCGCAACGACGCCGCCGCCGUCGAAGAGGGCCAAGGUGAACCGGUCGGAGAAGACGGCGGCGACGGCGACGGCGGCGAAGCGGGGUGGGAGGAGGUAGAAAUUUGCCAAUUUGGGGGCAGUGUAGUGUAAGCUAGUAGAACAGAUGUGACCUGUAGCAAGUAGCAAAGGUGGAUAGUUCAAGGUAUGAGUAAAUUACGUAGUUUUGCGUCUGCAGCAUUUGGAGGCUAAUGUAUUGCAUUCCGUAGUCGACUAACUGAUCGUCUGUCUUUGUAGCAACACCAUUGAUCACUUGCAAAUUGCUGUUUGAAUUUGUCGUUCCCCAUCA